AAUGUUAUCCCAUCCCACAACACGCAGGUUUAGACGAAGAAAGUCUGUCUAUUUGUAGUUUUUAUUUUAAUAAACGGUAGCAACUUACCCACAAUGCAAUGCUUUGGGUACACACCCUUUGUUGGAAUUAAAGUUUGCUUGCAAGUCAUCUGCAUAAGUCGAUUACAAUAGGGCACAGAAGACUGCCAUGAGCAGGAAACUAUGACACAAGUGCUCAGAAGUCCCUUGACGACCCAUGUGUUAAACACGGCCCAGGGAGCCCCUGCAGCUAACCUGGCCCUGAGUCUAUACCGACUAGAGGGGCCUCCCAGUCUACAGGAGUGGAGACCGCUGACCUGUGGGGUCACCAACUCUGAUGGCAGAUGUCCAGACCUUGUUACUCCUGAAACUUUCACCGCUGGGACAUAUAAGAUGCGAUUUGAAACUGGAAAUUACUGGAAUAAACUUGGAGAGACUAGCUUCUACCCGCAUGUGGAGAUUGCUUUUAAUAUAAUAGAACCUUCUCAGAAGUACCACAUCCCUCUGCUCCUCAGCCAGUUCUCCUACAGCACAUACAGAGGCAGUUAGUGCUAAACCCUGGACCAUGGGGAAACGCAUAUCACAGGCGCUGGAGCAGAACUCGACCAGGGCAGAGCCCAUCUGAAUUCAGACAGUAUGGAAAAUACUGACUGACUAAGCUUUGCAGUUCGAUUGGAAGAUCCACUACUGGAACAGUUCUGCGUUUUUGGCAUUCUACAGUACAGUACACAUUCAUUACCUGACAGAUUUGAAUAGAUUUUGAAAUGCA